AUGUUGAAAGAAACUAAUGGAGAAAUUGAUCUAAAAGAGACGGAAACGCAAUCAUCAUCACCACCACCACCAACAACAACAAAUACAAAAACUUCUACCAAUAAUACUACAACUCAAGCAGAAAUAGACGAGUCACUGCAAGUACAUCAACAACAACCUGUCAACACACUUCCAACGACCCCAAUUGUUAUUGAAAAAACUAUAACCACAACAAAAAAUAACAAAGAAAAUAUUGCUGAAACAGUAGAAGUUCCUCCAUCAUUUACAACAACAAUUACCCCCCAACAAACUAUCAAAAUGGCCACUCCAAAUACUUCGACUGCCGCUGGUUCAAAACCGUUUAAUCGAAUGCAAGCUGCCAAAGUUAGACUUAUUCCUGAUGGCCGAAAGCAGCAAUUAAAUACUCGUUAUUUGGUUACUUUGCCUGGAGUUCUCAAAUUGGCAGAAUUGUUAGUAGGGUUUGUUGCCUUUAUUUUGGCUAUUUGUGCUGAUCGUCGUUCAACUGCAUCAGCAUGGACUGCUCACAUAACUUUUGAAACAACAAUUGUUGUUUGCAUAUUAAUUCUUCUUUAUGUAGUUUUCCCUCAUUUAUCUUUAUCUGAUGAACGUAACAGAGAAGGACUUGUUGUUGUGGAACUUAUAUUUUAUGGUUUAAAUACUUUACUCUUUUUUAUCGCUAUUUGGUUAAUGAUACAUUUGGCAUGGGGAAGUCUUUCAGAUAGUCGAGGGGCAGCAAUAAUGGGAGCAAUUUUUUGUUUUGCUCUUUGUGUAAUUUAUGCUGUCGAAACAUUUAUAAAAUAUAUGCAAUGGGUGGGCCAAGAUAUUUUUCCUCAACCAGCAGACAGCCCCUAUGUACACCGCGUGCCACCAGCACCCGCACAAGAAAUGGAAAAAAGAUAUGAACCAAAAAAUGGAAAUGAAGAACACGUGGCCGUUUAA